AUGGCGCCGUGCUCUCUCUCACCCGUGGAGGGCGUGCUCCGAGGCCUUGUGAGGAUGAACGGGAGCCUCGUGGACGUGGAGGCGGACCCUGCCACUGGCAGGAUGUCGACGAGCUUGCAGGUGCACGCCCCACGCGUUUCCGAGAGGAAUAUGAACGAGGGAGACGGAUUGACGUCGGCCGGCGCGACGGAAAGAAUCUUCGACCCAGAGGCCGUCCACAGGUGGACAGACUGCUACGAAGACGAUCACGUCAAGCGUCAAUUCUCCAUGGGUGCCUCCCUUUGCGACAACGGGGCGGCAUCAUUCACUGACGCCGAGGAGGCCACGGAAUGGACGCAGAGCAUUUUCGCAAUGACGAACAUGGUCUAUGAACCCCAGCUCAACAUCGCGUUAAUGAUCGACGCGGUCUACAUCCCAGCGUAUGUCUCAGAGUCCACGGACUAG